CACGAAGGGCAUACAAAAUUCGGCAUGCCGAAGCGUGUUGUGAAAUUCACUUCAGAAAUGAGUCAGUCCGCGCCGGCAACCUGCAGUUCGUUUUGUUUCCCCACACGAUGAAGGUGCUUUUCGUGUGCAUUGGCAACACCUGUCGCUCGCCCAUGGCGGAGGCUGUGCUGAACCAUUUGAUAUUGAAACAACAAUUGGAGGACUGGCAAACGGACAGCGCGGGACUCCGAGAUUGGAAUGUGGGCAUAUUGCCACAGGGACGUGGCCAGCAAUUGCUGCAGCAGCAUGGCCUCAAGACAAAUCACUUGGGACGGCUGAUAACGCCGCAAGACUUUUACGAAUUCGAUUACGUGCUGGGCAUGGACGACAGCAAUCUUGAGGAGCUGCGCCAAAUGGCCAACAGACUGCAGCCCCCGCCACAGUGCAAGAUAAUGCUGCUGGGCAGUUUUCUGGGCCGCAAGGAAGAUGAGAUCAUUGAGGAUCCAUAUUUUACCCGAGGCAUGAGCGGCUUCCACGCUGCCUACGCGCAGAUCCGCGAGAGCUGCGAACGUUUUGUGCAGCUGCACAAGGGCAAGGAGCAGCAAAUAAUUAGUAAUUAAAUAGUCAAAAUAGAA